AUGCGCCUGCAACACGCAUCACCCUUCUUUCUCACCCUCUACCUCUUCCUCCGACCUCAUUGCAUUCGAGCCGAACCACAAUGCGCUAUAGACCCCAAUUCAAUCGUUACCGAUGCAUGCACCUCAUAUUCUGACCUCGAGCAAUUAAAUGCCCAACUGGCUCCUGCUCUAGAAGAGUUGACUCAACGGACCGACUUCUUCGCCUACUAUAGACUGAAUCUGUACAACAAAGUAUGUCCUUUCUGGAGCGAUGAAAACUCCAUGUGUGGAAACCGCGCUUGCGCGGUGGACACCAUAGAAGAUGAAAGCGAAAUCCCCAUGAUAUGGAGAGCCGAAGAGUUGAGUAAACUUGAGGGUGCAAAGGCCAAACAUCCUCCCAGGGCUUUGCAGCGAGAGAGACCUAAAGACCGUCCACUACAGUAUCAGCUUGGAGAGAACGUCGACGAAAGUUGCGUCCUUGAAGAUGACGAUGAGUGCGACGAGCGAGACUACUGUAUCCCUGAAGACGAGGGUGCGACGAGUAAAGGCGACUACGUCAGUCUUGUUCACAAUACCGAGAGAUAUACUGGCUACUCUGGAAUGGGAGCCCGCCAGGUCUGGGAUUCGAUAUACAAGGAAAACUGCUUUUCUACAAAAGUGCCCAGGCAUGCAACCCUCGCUUCAAAGCCUCUCCAAGCGGCGCAGAGUUUGAAGAAUAUCUUCCAGGAAUAUGGUCGACAGAACGUGGACUCCAAGGAUGAUCUCUACCCUCUGGAUGAUGAGUGUCUGGAACAGAGAGCAUUCUACCGUAUUGUCAGCGGUAUGCAUGCUUCCAUCUCCACCCAUCUGUGUUGGGAUUUCUUCAAUCAGACAACCGGAGAAUGGGUGCGCAAUGUCGACUGCUACAAGGAAAGGCUCCACGGAUUCCCAGAAAGACUGUCAAAUGUUUACUUCAACUAUGCCAUCUUGACUCGCGCGGUCGCUAAAGUCAGGAAACACCUGGAGUCGUACACAUUCUGCUCUGGAGAUCCCGACCAGGACUACGAAACGAAACAGAAAGUUCUUGAAUUGGCAGGCAAAGCGGCGGCGGGUCCGAGCACGUUCGAUGAGUCAAUCAUGUUUCAAGAUCCGUUCAUGAUUGAUCUCAAGGAUGAUUUCCGAAAUCGAUUCCGCAAUGUGUCUCGUCUAAUGGACUGUGUUGGCUGUGACAAGUGUCGACUAUGGGGUAAAGUGCAGACUGCAGGCUACGGUGCUGCAUUGAAGAUUCUAUUCGAAUAUGACGAGAAGAAGAAUGGCGAAAACCCACAUCUCAGAAGAACCGAACUUGUCGCACUGGUCAAUACCCUCGGCCGUGUUAGUCACAGUUUAGAUGCUAUCCAGAGAUUCCGAUAUGCGAUCAACACAGGCGACAACAGCGUCCUCUACAGUAACGGGCCAUUACCCAAGGUCAAAGAACAAUUUACCAAAGCCUCCGAUGUGAUAGACGAUGAUGAGGACGACUUCGACCUCGACGAAGACACCUACGCGCCGGAAACACCUGUCCUUCCACCGAGAACCCUGUCCGAAGAGUUCUGGGACGAGUGGAAUCUCGUGUGGCGCACCUACAUCAUGGUCCUGAAAAGCUGGCGGGACAUGCCCUUGAAAUUCGCGGCCAUCCUCGUCAUGGAGAUGAACCGCCUGUGGAACUACUGGAUCGGGCUUCCCGUCCCACCUCGCUCUUGGGAUCUCCAUUUCCCCACCAGAGAUGAGUUGUAA